AUGAGUUUGAUGAUCUGUUCGACGAAAUGCUUGAAUGAUUUUGAUUGUCUGAUGAACACGAUGAAAGGCGGGAGGGUAGUGUUGCUUGUUCUCCUUUGCUGGAACGUGGCCAAUUUUGCAGUGAUAGCUGCCGGUCCACAAACUUGUCCAGCAAAUCUCGAGGGACAAUGUGGCGAUUCAGAGGAAUGGAAAGGUGAAUUCUUUCCUGGAAUUCCCAAGAUUAAGUAUGAGGGUCCUAAGAGUAAGAACCAUCUGGCAUUUAAAUGGUAUAAUGCUGAAGAAGUGAUUCUCGGGAAGAAAAUGAAGGAUUGGAUGAGAUUUAGCGUUGCGUUCUGGCAUACAUUCCGCGGCACAGGAGGUGAUCCCUUUGGAGGGCCUACCAAGUUUUGGCCUUGGGAGGAUGGUACUAACUCAGUGGCCAUGGCCAAAAGAAGAAUGAGAGCCAACUUUGAGUUCUUGGACAAGAUUGGAGUGGAUUAUUGGUGUUUCCAUGAUAGAGAUAUUGCCCCUGAAGGCAAUACUCUAAAGGAAAGUAAUGCAUACUUGGAUGAAGUGGUUGCUCUUGCUAAGGAGCUUCAGGGAAGCAAGAUCAAACCCUUGUGGGGAACCGCUCAGCUGUUCGUGCAGCCUCGAUACAUGCAUGGUGCUGCUACAAGCUCUGAGCUUGGUGUCUAUGCAUAUGCUGCUGCUCAAGUGAAGAAAGCAAUGGACGUUACAAAUUACCUAGGUGGAGAAAAUUAUGUAUUUUGGGGAGGCCGAGAGGGUUACCAGACUCUCUUGAACACGGAUAUGGAACGAGAGCUAAAUCAUUUGGCUAGUUUCUUCCACUCUGCUGUUGCCUACAAGAAGAAGAUUGGAUUCAAUGGCACGUUGCUUAUUGAGCCCAAGCCUCAAGAACCAACCAAACACCAAUAUGAUUGGGAUGCCGCCACAGCUGCAAAUUUCUUGAGGAAGUAUGGUCUUCUGGGAGAGUUCAAGCUCAACAUUGAGUGCAACCAUGCCACUCUCUCCGGCCACAGCUGUCAUCAUGAACUUGAAACUGCACGAAUCAAUGGCUUGCUUGGAAACAUUGAUGCAAACACUGGCGACGCUCAAGUUGGAUGGGAUACCGAUCAGUUCUUGACAGACAUUUCUGAGGCAACUAUGGUCAUGCUUAGUGUCAUUAGAAAUGGAGGAUUGGCACCAGGAGGAUUCAAUUUCGAUGCUAAAUUGCGAAGAGAGAGCACAGAUGUCGAGGACAUCUUCAUUGCUCACAUUGGAGGAAUGGAUACUUUGGCUCGUGGACUUCGAAGUGCUGCCAAGCUGGUUGAGGAUGGUGCUUUGACCGAGCUUGUCCGCAAGCGUUAUGAGAGCUUCGACUCUGACAUUGGGAAGAAGAUCGAGGCUGGGGAAGCCGACUUCGUGUUCUUGGAGAAGAAAGCAUUGGAAUGGGGUGAACCCAAGGUUCCUUCUGCCAAGCAGGAGCUUGCUGAGAUGCUGUUCCAGUCUGCAUUGUAG